UGGUCUGUGUAUCUUUGAACAAAAAAUCUUUCUACUAUGAAGUGUUGUAGGAUCUGUACUGCUGGGAAUUGUGCCCGUUUUCUGCACCUCACCAUCACUUUAUUCGUCUUUUACGUUCUCCUAAUGGCCCCCACGUCAGAUCUUCACAGUGACUGGGUAGAAAACAACUUCCGAUUCUAUUCCGCUUUAUUUCUGUACAUUUCUUCAAAUAUCUGCUACCUCACAGCAAGUAUAAUGGACCCUGGAUACGUUAAACUGUACAAACUCGACAAUACCAAAAUGAUGACAGGACAAAGAUUGGAGGAGUCAUACAGUGAUACUGAUGUUAGCUCCAGAGGAGUUUAUUGUUCGAUUUGUGAGCUAGAGCAAGUGAUGAGAUCAAAACACUGCAAGUUGUGUGAACGUUGUGUCCAGAGGUUCGACCACCAUUGUCCGUGGCUUGGUAACUGCGUCGGCGAACGGAACCAUAGAUUUUUUUGGCUCUUCCUUUUACUAGAGACAAUACUACUCAUUUGGGCUGUGUUUGUUGCCUGGAGUUCUCUACAGACGGCCUCUGGGUUUUUAUCAUGGCUAAAACUAAACAUACUAACAUUUCCCUGUCUAAUAACAGUCGUUAUAAGCUCCAUGAUAUGCAGUAUGUUGCUUGCUUUUCAUUCCUUUCUUGUCUUCUCUGGCAUGACAACGUGGGAAAUGGCGUCAAGAUUUAGGAUUACGUAUCUAAAGGACUUAGAUCCUCCUGUCAACCCAUUUGACGAGGGUUGCUUGCUGAAUACAGCCCACGUUUUUUGUUGUCCUAACCAAGACUGGUCUGACAUGUAUAAUAGUAGAUCUUACAAAACAGUGACUCCUUAAAAUUUUAAUAUUCAUUAAGUAAGUAGAACAAAGGAUUGUUGUUGUUUAUCUAUUUAUCACAAAUUGCACAAAUAUUUGCUCUAUUUCUCAAUUGUCUUUUUUUGUAAAUAAUUUCUUUUCAAGUAUUCCCA